GCCCAGUUGCUCUACUUCAGGGUGUUAAAAAACAGAAGUCCCAGGAACCGCUCCAGGGAAGAUGAAGACUACGAUCCUUUCUGGCAAAGGUUGGAGAAUAUUGCUGUCUGACUUAGAGCUAGAGCACUCCUUCCUCCUCCUCAGGUGUCAUGGUCAGCCCUGGGGGUCCACCCAGGGCCAGGACCACGGACAUGACAACCCCUGGACCCCUCCUGCCUCCUUAUGGUGUCGUAGUUGGAGUUUUGCUUCGCCUCGUUGUUUAUUUAGUCACUGUGCUGUAUAGUUGUGCUGAGCAGCUGUUCUUGACAAAGGAUGACAAUAAAAUAAAGAAACAAGAUGCCCCAGCACUUUGUGGCCUUCACUGCUGUGAGGGUGGGCCCUUAAGAAAUGGCCUUAUUGGGCAGAAACCACCUUCUAUCAGCCCUGAGAGACUGAAAGAUUUUGGUGAGGAGGAUUACCUGAACGGGGAUGUGAAGACCUGGGAAAUGAAGAUACUUAGCCCUAACGAGGAGCUGCUUAGGGAUGCCCUUUCCUGCAUCCCUCAGUCAAGCAGCAGGACCAGCCUGUCAAGCUGUAACAAGCUGAUUCGAUUUGAAGAUAUCAGUGCAGCAGCCUUCAAAAUCCAGUCUGGUGUUCAGAAAACCCCCUGCAUGUAUUCUAGGUUAUCCAAGCAGUAUGGGAUGGACAUCUACCUAAAGAAAGAGUUCCUUCAGUACACAGGAUCUGUGAAGGAAAGAGGAGUACUUUACCUCCUGACAUCAUUGCCUCAGGAUCAGCAAAGGAAAGGGGUGAUUGUUGCUUCAGACAGUAACUUUUCCAUGGCUGUUGCUUACCAAGCCUCAGGACUCCGGAUUCCUGUGUUUGUCAUCAUGUCCACCAGCACCUCCCCAGCCAGGGUGAAGAUGUGCCGUGAGUACGGUGCCAUGGUUAUAUCCUAUGGCACUACAGCUAAGGAUGCCCAGAUGCAUGCAAGAAGGUUGGCACAGGAGAAUGGUUACCUCUACCUUGAAGAGGAGGACAGUGCUGUUUACCUGUCUGGCUUGGGAACCGUGGGGCUGGAGAUGUAUGAGCAGGUGCCAAAGCUGGAUGCAGUGAUUUUCCCUGCAGGAGGCCACUGUGGCUUGCUGGCAGGGUCAGCUGCUGCACUCAAACACCUCAACCCACGUAUUUCUGUAAUUGGGGUUGAAUCUGAAAGUUUUCCUGUGUUGCAACAAUCCUUAAAGGCUGGCCACCCAACUGAAGAGCAGGCUUGCAACAAUCAUCACUUUUAUGGAGAUGUCAGCGGGCUCUGCUUUGGCAGCAAUUCUUUGCAGCUGACCGGGAAACUUGUGGAUAAAGUUGUGGCUGUGAGGGAGGAGGACAUCCUCAUUUCCAUCCUGAGAUUGCUGGAGUAUGAGCGAGCCACAGUUGAUGCAGAAGGGGCAAUUGGACUUGCAGCCUUGGUUGCAGGGAAGCUGCCUGAGUUGAAGGGUAAAAGAGUGGCAAUUGUUCUAUGUAGUGGGAACUUGGAGUUAAAUUUGCUGCAGCAGUGCAUAGCUCGUGCCCUGACCCUGGACAACAGAGUCUGCAGGUUUUCCCUUGUGCUUGCUGACAGCCCAGGAGAAAUUUCAAAGCUACUGGAGAUUUUGGCUCGGGAAGAAGUCAGAGUUUUGGAUAUUAAACAAGAAUGCACGUUUGUGACAUCUGAGCUCUUCACUGUUGAGGUCACCUGCACUGUGGAGACCAGAGACAAGAUCCACACAGCCCAGCUGAGGAACACGCUGCUGGAACGCUACCCCACAGCCACUUGGGUGGAGCGGUGAUGGGCACAGCACCAGGGAAGGGGCUGAGGUCCUCUGACAAGUAUUUUACAGAGCCCUGAUCUUGAGGCAACUCAGAACAAUAUUAUCCUUCCAAGCUGAACAGUUAGCUAAUAGCUUCAGGAUAUUUAUUUCCUGCUCAAACAGUAGUGAAUGCCCCCGGGAGUCAAGUUAAACUCGAAGCGUUAGCUUAGCUAAGGGAAACUUUUAGUCUCUGCUGGUAUUGGAAUUCAGUAAUCCAUUUUCAGAUGGCUGCCUGGAUUUUGGCUAGUGUGUAGGAUCCAGUGGCAUUCCAUAAAUAAACAGGGAGAGAAGGUAUUUUUCUUUACAUCUGAAUGUAGACCUCUUGUUGUUUUGAUGCCUGAAAAGUAACGCCGCCCCUUCUGCUGGAUUUUGCCAUGCUGCUGAUAGAGUUAUUUUCCAUUUCCAGGCCAAAAGUUCUCCACUUGCUGAAUCUAUGUUGGGAGAUCUCUACGUGUAUGUGAAUGUAGGUUUGGACACAUUUCUGUCCUGAAAUCUUUGCUGACAUGUGAGGAAAACUUAAGCUGAUAAAAUGCGAUUUAAACAAGAACAAAACCACACCACCUUCAAAGAUAAAAACCAGUAUUGUGUUGUUACUUUUUUCCCAAGCAAAAUGAUCCUAUUUAUGAAGUUCCAAAAGUUUCAGCAAUUAAAAAAAAAAAAAAAAAAAACCACCCUAUUCUUUAUGUAAUUAGACCUCAUAUGCAGAACACAAAUUUAUUUCUUCCCUCUGCUUCUGGGGACUCAGUAUAAAAAGCAGGAUCUCAAGUGGCUUGUGUGUCUUUAGAAAAAGGGGUCUCUCCAUCCCUGUGGAUUUUGUAAUUAGCAUUCCACUGAUCAUCUUACUCUACUUAAACCAGACUCUAUCCAUCUCACCUGACAGAUUAAGUUAAGAGUGAAUUAUAUUUAAAGAGCACAUGUUAAGAGCCAAAGGCAGUGCUGGAAGAGGAUGCCUAAAUAAAUCUUAGGCACAUGGUUAAUGCAAUUAACAAAGAACACAUUGACCCAAAUACCACUGAUAUCACUUCAGGCAGACACCAACUAAUAAGGGAACAGAGUGCCAGGGCAGGAGGUGUGAGAGGCCCAACACUGAGGGGGAGCACACAACAGUUUUCCUUCCACUUGGACAAAAAGUUGGAUGUAAGGCCAGCUGCAAGAGAGCUGGUUUAUAUCAUUCCACUUGGAUAAAUUUCACCAGGAUUGACUGAAAUUUGGGGUGUAGGCGUUUUCAUGAGAGGUCUUAAUCCUGCCACUCACAUAUCAAGUUGAUAAUUAAGUAUAUAAAAUAAAUAUUGUGUGUUUAGCAGUGUCCUGCUGAAAGUCCAGCAAGGUCAGAGCAAGUGACUCCCCGGGCUGCUUGGGAUCAAAUCAUUCCGGUGUCCAGCAGCAGAACUGGUUGAGCUGUUGCUAAGUAUCCAUGAAAACCAACUUCUGCUGUAGCCUUUUGGGGAGAAAGAUGUUGCAAGCCCCCAGUGACACUCCUUUAUUGGCAUAUCACAAUUUUUAAAGCAAGAGCUUCCAUCUUUAGUCCUCCUCAGCAGCUGGGAAUGGGCUUCCCAGGACAUUUUCUUUCCUGGUUCUGCAACAGGAAUUUUUUGUCUCUAAAGUAAAAUUAGGACGUGACUUGUAGAAGAUGAGAUACCCUGGGAUGGACUAAAGCUUCCUCUACCCUCAAUUCCAGUCCAUCAUCCAGAGAGUUAGAGCAACCUGAACAGAGGGUCCCUGUGGAAUAAAAAGAAGGAGCUGCAUAUCCCUCUUAUGCAGAUCCUGUGAAUUGUAUCUGCUGCUUCUGGGUACCCAGCUGCAUCUACAACUUCACUUGUGCCUGCAGAAGAAAUGGGAAGCACUCUGGCUGUCUCUGCAGUAUUUUUUUCAGUGAAAUAGUCUGCUCAUUCCUUCUUAUUGUGGCUUAUGAAGGAGCAGUACUGGAGACUCUCACGGUGGAUAAAUAAUAGAAGUUCUUUGCUUUGGUCUGGUUUUGGAAGGGCUGUGCUGGUUUGCACAUGUAACAAAAAAUGAAUGAUGCCCCAGUGGUUGGUUUCUUUCUCUUCUUUCCACCCAGAAUGAUUGGUAUGGGGACUGGUCUUCAGAACAUGUCCUGUAAAUCACAGCCUGUCAGACACAACUUCUUUCUCUGUGGUCAGAAAAGUUUCAGAACUCGGGACAGAAAUAUGUGAUGAAGGAAAUAUGUGUGUGUGCUACUUCCAUGUCAAUGGGCAAUGAACCACAUCAUCAGAGAGCAGAUCUGGGCAGGUAAAGCCACUAUAAAGAAGGGUCCAGUUUAGGCAAAACUCUUGGGAAAUUUUGAGGAUAUUCCAGGAAAAGAAAAUGAGACUCCAUAACCAGUUCUCAGUAGUGGCCAACAGCUCCUGCUCUCUGAGCCCUUGGUUUCUUGUGCUGAAUUGUCCUGGACUUUAUUUUUUAGAAGUUCAGACCAUCAAUAACUUCUUUUCUAAUUAGCAGGGAACUUCUUUUCUAAUUAGCAAGUCUUCACAAAACAGGCAAGAGAGGUAGUAGAUAGAGCAAUCAAAAAUCAACCAGCUCAGAACCACUGGUUUUAAAAAUUUUGGAAAUGUGUUUUGGGGGAGAAAAAAGAAAAAAAGAAAGGAAGAAAAGAAGGGAAGUGGUAUCUAGAAGAUACUUCAGAUGUUGAACAUGAUACAUGCAGUUUAGUUUUAUUUUUAUUGUAUUAAGUAUAAGCAUAAAUUGGAUAUUACUUUCAGUGUUGAACACUUUGCAUGCAAAUAUGAUACCAGAGUUGAUUUCCAUUCUAUAUUGCUUUUUAUCUGAGUCCAUUGGCUGUAAAGCUAAGACUGAAUACUUCCAAGGGAAAAAAAUACAUGAAAAAAUGAACCAUUCAAAUGAAUGCAUGCAAUUGGGAGGAAUACUGAAAUACCUGUGCUGCUAACCUUGUUGCAUUAUGAAAUCUAACUGUGGCAUUUCAAAGAUCUAAUAAUGUAUUUUAAAACAUUUCAUUUAAAGACAUAUUUUUAUAGAGAGUGUUCCUAUGUGCUUUGAAAAAAAAAAAAGGACAACUUCAGUGAUUUUGCAAAAACAUCACAGAUUGUUAUAUCACCAAAAUGUACAUCUGAGCAUUGUAUUUAUUUGCAAAAUGAUUAAAAUCAUACUAUGCCACCUCAGUAA